AUGGCGCCCGCUCCAAUCGACCCCAGCAUCACAGAUUUCGUCGUUCCGAAAAAGGACACAUUGGGACUGCCAGAGCCGGCGUACAAAAGGCUUGUGAAGGCCGGCAUCGAUCUUUCAGACGGAUACCCGUACCGCCCGAAUCGGCCGCUGUACCUCCAAGACGUGUACAACAUCCGGAACAAAGAGCGCAAGCACAUCGACGCAGGUUCUCGAGCCGACAAGUCGAAGAGCGCCCUGCUUUCUGCCGCAACUAAAGUCACCGACCUGACGACUUAUAUUGGGACUGAGAUAGAGGGACUCCAGCUCAAAGACCUCACAGAUCAGCAAAGGGAUGAAUUGGCAUUAUUGAUUGCCGAGCGCAGCGUCGUUUUCUUCCGAGAUCAAGACAUCUCGCCUCAGCAGCAGAAGUCGCUUGGAGAAUACUAUGGCGAGGUUGAGAUCCAUCCUCAAGUCCCUCAAGUUCCUGGCGUGCUUGGUGUCACAGUGAUUUGGCCAGCUUUGCAAGCCCAAGAGCACCCGGCGAGCUUUCGCAGGCCCGGAGGUGCUUCACGAUGGCAUACCGAUCUGGUCCAUGAGCGACAGCCCGCAGGUAUCACCCACCUCCACAACGACACUGUGCCGCCCGUCGGAGGAGACACCCUCUGGGCCAGUGGCUACGCGGCGUACGAGAAGCUGUCGCCGGACUUCCGAAAAUUGAUCGACGGCAAAUAUGCAGUGUACCGGUCUGCGCAUCCGUAUCUGGCUCGUGAGAACCCAACUGCCGGGCCCAAGUAUAUCGAGCGAAUUCAUCCAUUGGUCCGUGUUCAUCCAGCGACAGGCUGGAAGGCCCUUUGGGUCAAUAGAGCAAUGACAGAUCGAAUUGUUGGGCUCGACAAGGCGGAAAGUGAUCUCAUUCUGGGAUAUCUGUAUGAUGUAUAUGAGAAGAAUAUUGACAUCCAGGUUCGAUUCAAGUGGACUCCAGGCACAAGCGCUCUUUGGGAUAACAGAAUCACGAUACACAACGCUUCUUGGGAUUAUGCUGGUAACUAUCCACGACAUGGCACACGCGUCACUUCUCUGGCGGAGAAGCCCUUUUUCGACCCCAGCGCGCCAACGAGACGGGAGGCUUUGGGACUCUUAGGGCCAGACGAGAAACAAGUCGAUGGCGUUCUGGUAGAGGCAUGA